GAAGAAAGCCCAGAUUGGGGAGUAAGUUGAAGUUCGAAAGUAGAAACUACUAUACACUAUAGAGGGGAAGAGGAUAGAUCUAUAGAAUACAAUAAACAAAAGCGAAGUGGUGGAGUAACAAAUUCACCGACGCGGGAGAUCUAUAAACUACCGCACCACCAUAGUUGACAAUUUAGCCUUCAAAUUGGCAUGAACCUAACGCCGAUUAUAUUCUCUACACACAAAUAAUACGGGAGAGUGAUCUGUGCUUCAAGCAUGGGAGUUAAAUGUGCAUUUCAGUUGAUUCUUAUGCUCGCUUUGCUUUUCAAUGUCGCUCUCUGCAAAACGAUCAAGCGUGAUGUGAAAGCUCUUAAUGAAAUUAAAGCAUCUCUUGGGUGGAGGGUUGUGUAUUCCUGGGUCGGAGAUGAUCCUUGUGGGGAUGGGGGUUUACCUCCUUGGUCCGGUGUCACUUGUACUACUCAGGGUGAUUACAGAGUAGUUACUGCAUUGGAAGUUUAUGCAGUCUCUAUUGUCGGGCCUUUUCCUACUGCGGUCACCAAUUUGUUGGAUCUUACAAGGCUGGAUCUGCAUAACAACAAGUUGACAGGACCAAUUCCACCUCAAAUUGGGCGGUUGAGGCACCUUAAGAUACUUAAUUUAAGAUGGAAUAAGCUUCAAGAUGUCAUUCCUUCUGAAAUUGGUGAAUUGAAGAGUCUAACGCAUCUAUACCUGAGUUUUAAUAGUUUCAAGGGGGAAAUCCCUAGGGAGCUUGCGAAUCUUCCUGAUCUGCAGUACCUGCAUUUACACGAAAAUCGUUUGAUCGGGCGAAUUCCACCAGAACUAGGCACUUUACAAAAACUACGACACUUGGAUGUUGGUAAUAACCAUCUGGUUGGCACAAUAAGGGAGCUCAUACGUAUUGAGGGAUGCUUCCCAGUCCUACGAAACCUAUAUCUAAAUAACAAUUAUCUUACUGGAGGAAUUCCAGCACAAAUUGCGAACUUGACAAAUUUGGAAAUCUUGUAUCUAUCUUUUAACAAAAUGUCUGGAGUAAUUCCACCUGGACUUGCUCAUAUUCCGAGAUUGACAUACUUGUACCUGGAUCACAACCAGUUCAGUGGAAGACUUCCUGAUGCCUUUUAUAAGCAUCCAUUCCUCAAAGAAUUGUACAUUGAAGGAAAUGCAUUCCGUCCUGGAGUGAAUCCAAUAGGUGUUCAUCAAGUCCUUGAAGUGUCUGAUUCAGAUUUCUUGUUUUAGUCACCAUAUGAAAACCCAGCAUAUAAUUCCUGUAUAAGCACCGAUGAGGCCAAUAUAAAGAUCAAUUUUGUUCUUUAAGUUCCUGCAGCCCAAAUUCAAGUUAUAUUUGGUGUUGCUAAAAUUCCACUGGAGUCACGUUGUAAUUGUAUGAAAUUCUAUAGAAUUGCAAAUAUUUUUUUAAGCUGCUC